UUUGAAGUAAUCCUUCUCCUUCCGCGCUCUCCCCCUCCCUCUCCUGCUCGCGCACUCUCUCUCAGCUCCCUCGGUGCGCAGAGGAGAGAAACUCCUAGUAAUGUCGGUCGCUUCACUUUCUUCUCUUCCCUCGGCAGAUGCCUGUUCAUCUCGCUCUCUCUCUCCUCUCAAACCUUUUCUCUCUCCUUCGUCCUCUCUCUUUCUCACGGCAUCCCCGCUCGGCAAUCACCGUCUUCUCUCCUCCGGUCUCGUCUGCAACACCAGCUUGGGGAUACGCCCAAAAUCCAAGGAAAUAUUGAAGGUCUGUUGUUCGACGAAUGAACCUUUGAAAGUGAUGAUAUCGGGUGCUCCUGCGUCCGGCAAAGGGACUCAGUGUGAGUUGAUUGUUCAAAAGUUUGGAUUGGUGCAUAUAUCUACUGGGGAUCUCUUAAGAGCAGAAGUAUCAUCUGGGACAGAUAUUGGGAAGAAGGCCAAAGAGUUCAUGAAUGCUGGUCAAUUGGUUCCUGAUGAAAUUGUGACAGCUAUGGUGACAGCAAGAUUAUCACGUGAAGAUGCUAAAGAAAGGGGAUGGCUUCUAGAUGGAUAUCCACGAAGCUCUGCACAAGCACAGAGUCUGGAGAAACUGAAAAUCAUACCUGAUAUAUAUGUUGUAUUAGAUGUUCCUGAUGAAACUCUAAUCGACAGAUGUGUUGGAAGAAGGUUAGACCCUCUAACAGGGAAGAUUUAUCAUCUAAAAAAUUUCCCUCCAGAGACUGAGGAAAUUAAAGCACGACUAGUUACUCGCCCUGAUGACACUGAAGAAAAGGUACAAUUAAAUACCAUUUACAAUUCUUUUAUUUGUUUUUAGUGUGUGUUUAGACCAUUAUCAUUUGAUUGGAAUAUAUAUUUGUUGAGUCCAUAAGUGAUGAUGAAAAAGAUAUUGUAACCUUAAUGCACAUGUCUCUCAAAUUUAUCAUCCUCUGCACCUUGGCUUAAGAUUUUAUGCUAUCUUUUAACUGAAAACUGUUUGAGCAUGCAGAUGCUUAACUCAUAGUUUUCUAUCUACUCUUGUU